UCCAACCGAUACUUUUGUGAUCAGCUUCACAACUUAAUUUGUCUGCAAAAAGAUCAUAAAAGGGUCAAAUAAUGAAGUUUCUUGUGGUUUUGGCUUGUGCACUGGCAUUUGUGGCUGCUGAGAAAGAAAAGCCAGUAGUGUUAUGUGGCCGGCAACUAGCAAAUGCGAGGGUUUUAAUAUGUUAUGGAGCUGAGUACAUCAUGAAAAGGGCUUCACCUGAAAACUUACUCGACGACGAUAAAUGGCUGGGAGAGUGGAUUUGGAGAGGUCGCCAAGGUGCCAUAAGUGCGGACUGGACAAGAUAUAAGCGCGACGGUUUAGCUGACGAGUGUUGCUUACGGCCUUGCACCACAGAAGUUAUACUUAAAUACUGCUGAACAUUUACUAGUUAAAAAUCAAAACUACCCUCAUACGCUUAAUUUAAAAUGUUGUAAUUAUGGUA